AUGGGGAAUGCUUGCUUGGCCUGCCUAACAGGUACCUACUCCAAGAUCGAUAGAUGGUGCCGUAUAUCUUAUUUACUGGCUCCCAUCAAAGGUCGAUCUAGGGAUGGUCUCUACGAACCCAUCCUGGCUGAUAACGAACGCGAAGCUGUCGCUGAUUUGCUCCAGUAUCUCGAGAACCGAAAUGAAACCGAUUUCUUCAGUGGAGAGCCGCUCAGUGCUCUUAGCACCCUAGUAUACUCAGACAAUGUUGACCUCCAACGAAGUGCUAGCUUAACGUUCGCUGAGAUCACGGAAAGAGAUGUCCGGGAAGUCAAUAGAGAAACCCUUGAACCUAUUCUAUUCCUCCUCCAGAGCCCCGAUAUCGAAGUACAACGAGCGGCGAGCGCAGCUUUGGGGAAUCUCGCUGUCAAUACGGAAAACAAGGUUAACAUCGUCCUGCUUGGGGGGCUGGCACCUCUAAUACGGCAAAUGAUGUCACCCAAUGUCGAAGUACAAUGCAAUGCCGUCGGGUGCAUCACCAACCUAGCCACCCACGAAGAUAACAAAGCCAAAAUUGCGCGAUCAGGUGCUCUUGGGCCUUUGACAAGACUGGCGAAAUCAAAAGACAUGCGUGUACAACGGAAUGCCACCGGGGCCCUACUAAACAUGACCCAUUCCGAUGAAAAUAGACAGCAACUAGUCAUCGCCGGUGCCAUACCUGUUUUAGUGCAACUACUCUCUUCCUCCGAUGUCGAUGUUCAGUACUACUGUACAACGGCGCUUAGCAAUAUUGCAGUGGACUCAGACAAUAGAAAGAAGCUCGCACAAACAGAGUCCCGCCUUGUUCAAUCCCUCGUCCAGCUCAUGGACUCUUCCACUCCCAAAGUACAAUGCCAAGCUGCCCUGGCCCUGAGAAAUCUUGCCUCCGAUGAGAAAUAUCAACUUGAGAUAGUCCGUGCUCGAGGCCUUGCACCAUUACUCAGGCUGCUUCAGUCAUCAUACCUCCCCCUCAUCCUCUCAGCAGUUGCAUGCAUCCGAAAUAUUUCUAUACAUCCCCACAACGAAUCGCCAAUUAUUGACGCGGGAUUCUUAAAACCACUCGUGGAUCUACUCGGUUCGAUAGACAAUGAGGAAAUUCAGUGCCACGCCAUCUCCACCUUACGGAAUUUGGCGGCUAGUUCAGAUCGCAAUAAGGAGCUAGUCCUUCAAGCAGGUGCCGUGCAGAAAUGCAAGGAACUUGUUUUGAAAGUGCCCUUGAGCGUGCAGUCUGAGAUGACGGCUGCAAUUGCAGUUCUCGCUCUUAGUGACGAGCUGAAAUCGCACCUUCUAAAACUCGGCGUUUUUGAUGUUUUGAUUCCUCUGACGGAUUCAGAAAGCAUAGAAGUGCAAGGAAAUAGUGCUGCUGCGUUGGGGAACUUGUCUUCCAAAGUUGGUGACUACUCUAUAUUCGUGAGAGAUUGGUCAGAGCCGAACGGCGGCAUUCACGGAUACCUAAGCCGGUUUCUGGCGAGUGGUGACCCAACUUUCCAGCACAUCGCAAUCUGGACUCUGCUCCAGCUCCUUGAAUCCGAAGAUAAGCGGUUACAAGGCUAUAUUACUCGCUCAGAAGAUAUUGUUGAUAUGGUUAAGGCGAUUGCUGAUAAGAAUGUCGAAUCUGACGAAGAAGAAGGCGGUGAGGAUGAUGAAGGUGAGGUUGUCGCUUUGGCGCGACGGUCACUAGAGUUGCUUGGCCAGGGGCCUAAACAAAUACUCGUUGAAGGUUGAGCAAUGAUUGGCUUCCUUGUCUAGCUUCAUUGGUAGUGUGGUGCUCACGGUAUUGUGGUAUUUUCGACAUCACCAUAUAUCUUUUCCCUAAUAGUGUUUAUUCCGCCCGCUACUCAUAUUUUCCAUCUCGCAAGGAGUUCCGCGAGGGCAUGUUGCUUGCGUUUGGUGGCUUUUGUUUUUGUUUUUACAUUUGCUCUAUAGGGGUUUAAUCAACCCUCUAUCGGAUAUAUUUUUUUUUUUUCGUUUUGUGUUUGUGCUUUCUGCUUUCCUUGUGCCCAUGUUUCUUUCCCUCCGCUCUCCUGUUACGUUUGUUCAAGACAAGAGCCAAUACUGGCUCUUGGAAGAGGUUCUCUCUUCUUGUAUUCUUUCUUGUCUGCCUACGCCGAUCAGUUUUUAUAUUCUUCAUUUUUCCUAUCCUUUUUUUCGCUGUUCUUUUUACACAUAUUCCCUUUGGUAUAUCGUUUUUCUUCUGUGUCCUUUUUCUUUUUCUUUUUUCUUUUUCCUAUUUGUUUCUGUUUUGUAUUCACCUUUAUACCUUUACUUUCUUCCGUCUCCAUUCCACUGAUGAUAAUGGUGAAUUAGUAUUAGCUUGUGAAAAGGUUCCAGUAGGAGAUGAUGACCCCUGGCUGUUAUUGAGAUGAGUGGGUAGCAUAAGCAUAUUCCGAUACGCUCCAUGCAUUAUAUAAUUAAUUUUUUUUUAUUAGCGAAUGAGGUAUAUAGUGAGAAUGGGAAAGGGAGAGAUAGAAGGAUAUUGCUGUUUGUAGUUAGUAGUUAGGAAGAGUUCUCUGAUGAAGGGGAUGUGACGUGCUGAAAAGGGCAAGAGAAUCUGUGUGUUAUUAUUCAUAGGACAGCUAGUAUCUAUACGUUUGUUAUUCAAAAAUGCAGAGACAGUAGAUAUGAGCAAUGCAUUGCAUUCUAUGUACGGGUACUUAUGAGAUGAGGAUUGUUAGUCCCUUGUUGAAGCUGUCACAAUCCCUCGUCUUUACACUUUA